CAAAAAGGAAAAGAAGAAAAGUGAAAGGCAUAUCCAUGUUUGGAUUGAUGGCUGGAGAUUUGUGGCGCUGCUGCCUCCGGUGUUUCCUAUUUACUCACUAGUCACUAGUAGCGUGCGUACGUAGUAGCUAAGUUAAGCUAGCAAUGGAGACCUCGUGCUUCCUGACCUCCAAGGCCGGCAGGGUCAAGAGCCUGGCGAUGCCGUCGCCGGCCGGCGCUGCGAAGGCCAGGCCGCAGCUGCUCUUGGGCGGCGGCCGGCGAGCGGCGAGCUCGUCGGUGACCACCUGUUGCAGCUACGACGGCGCGGCGCCGGCGAUCGACCCGGACUGGCGGUCGUUCCGGGCGCAGCUCUACUUCAGCGAGCAGUACGCGAAGAGCGUGAACCCGGCGGUGGCGGCGGCGAGGAGGACGUCGACGACGCCGGAGCCGGUGAAGAUCGGCGACAAGUGGGCGCACCCGCUGGUGGAGCCGGAGAAGGGGUGCCUGCUGGUCGCGACGGAGAAGCUGGACGGGUCGCACAUCUUCGAGCGCACGGUGAUCCUGCUGCUGUCAGCCGGCGUGCUGGGCCCCGUCGGCGUGAUCCUGAACCGGCCGUCGCUGAUGUCGAUCAAGGAGGCGCAGGCCGUGUUCGCGGAGACCGACAUCGCCGGUGCCUUCUCGGGGCGGCCGCUCUUCUUCGGGGGCCCGCUGGAGGAGUGCUUCUUCCUGCUGGGGCCGCGCGCGGCGGCGGCGGGCGACGUGGUGGGGCGGACGGGGCUGUUCGACGAGGUGAUGCCGGGGGUGCACUACGGGACGCGGGAGAGCGUGGGGUGCGCGGCGGAGCUGGUGAAGCGCGGCGUGGUCGGGGUGAGGGACUUCCGGUUCUUCGACGGCUUCUGCGGGUGGGAGCGGGAGCAGCUCCGCGACGAGGUGCGCGCCGGGCUGUGGCGCGUGGCGGCGUGCAGCCCCGCCGUGCUGGGGCUCGCCACCGUCGUCAAGGGCGGCCUCUGGGAGGAGGUGCAGGGGCUCGUCGGCGAGAGGAGGGUCUGGUGACCGAUGCAACUACACCUCUGAACUCUGUGUGUGCGUCCGUGUGUGUUGUAAUUAAUUAAUUAAUCUCUUAAUUAAGUCACAAGGUAAAGUAAUUA